UGCUUUAAUGAAUGAAAGGAACUCGACUCCUAAAUAUUUCAAAGCAUAACAAUUGAAGUUUUGGUGGGCCAUUUAAGAAUAUUGUGAAAACUUGACGAAAUGGAAGAAGCUCACAAUGUUUUCAUCAGCUUUCUACCUGAUGUAUUCAUUGAGCUUGCGACUAGAAGUGAAAUGCAAAUUAACGCAGGAGUGGUGUUUUUUGUGGACAUUUCUGGCUUCACAAGAAUCACAGAAGAGCUGAUGAAAACGGGGGCCGCAGGCUUGGAAGAACUUUUGGGCUUGCUCAACUGGUAUGUCGGGAAAAUGGCGCACAGGAUCUACUUGUAUGGCGGAGAUGUCCUCAAGUUUGGAGGCGAUGCAAUCUUGGCCGUGUGGAACCAGCAGAGCGACGUGAAGACCCGCAAGAAGCCGUGCACCGCGCUGUUAGUGCGCAAGGCGGUCAGGUGUGCCCUGUACAUACAGAGGCACUUGGGAGCGUACUCGCCGACGACCAGCGUGCAGGUGAAAAUCAUCAUAACGGUGGGGACCCUGGAGCACUCGAUAGUCGGGAACAAUCUGGGCCUGAGCUACGUCAGCCUGGGGGAAGCCGUUCGCGAGAUACACGGAGCGGAUGACCUGUGCAAGCCAGGGAACAUCCUCGUCAUGAGGAGCGCUGCCGACUAUUGCUCCGAUAUCGAUUACUUCGUGGAAGAUACAGAUGCUGAUGGAAACAUCAAGAUAAUAUCCGUAUAUGAUGUUACGGGUAAAGAAGACGAGGAAGAUGUCGAAAUAAAUAUCAAAGAGGUUGAUCUUGAAAGUUCUGAAGAUCAUUUUGAUAUUGCUCGGCCCAGAGUAAGUGCGGCCAUUGGGAAAGUGAUUCGUCCAUCCAUAAUUCAAAAGUUGCGAAUGUUCAUAUCGGCGCCAGUACUGGAACAAAUUGAUUCGCAUCUUCCCCUUGAUAUGUUGAAUGAGUUACGGCAAACAGGUGUGAUUUUUGUGCAUUUGGUUCCAAAGCCAGGUGUAAACUAUUCAAAGCUGAAAGAUAUUGUCAACAAAGCCGUCUGCAUUGCCUUAAGUGUGCUCUGGCGUAAAGGCUGCCUGAACAAGGUGUCAGCGUUCGACAAAGAUGUAACCUUGUUGGCCAUCUUCGGUCUCCCCGGUUACGGGUACCAACACCAGUCCUUGAACGCGCUCACGUGCGCGCACGCAAUGUUCGGCCAGCUGGAGCAAGAGAUCGGCUGGGAUACGGUGUCCAUCGGGGUUACCACAGGCCUGCUGUACGUCGGCACCAUGGGCCACAAGAUCCGGCAGGAGUUCACGGUGCUGGGCAGCGUGGUGAACCGGGCGGCCCGCCUGAUGGUCGCCUACCCGGGCCAGAUCACGGCGGACGACGAGACCCGCGUGUCGUCCCGUCUGCCCGACAACCUGUUCAUCCAGCAGGAGGAGCGGCACAUGAAGGGCAUUGAGCGGGGCGGGCGCUACUACGCGUUCCAGGACAAGAGCAUGCGCAGGCGGCUGACCACCAUGCGGCUGGGCCACGGGCCGCUGCUCGGCCGGGCGAGCGAGAUGCUCCUGCUGGAGCAGCAGCUGGGGGGCCUGUCCCGCGGCCAGGACGUGGGGCUGGUGCUGGAGGCGCCGCCCUUCGUGGGCAGCUCCCGCCUGCUGCGGGACAUGGCCGGGCUCGCCGCCGCCCGCGGCUUCCCCGUCAUCGGCUACAUGGUCGACGAGAUGGAGAUCCCGUCGCCCUUCUCCUUCGUGCUGUGGCUGCUGGCCGAGAUGCUGCCCAAAUUGACGACCAUAGCUUCUCGAGAGAGAACUGAAUAUCUGUUGGGAAGUCUGAAACACGAAACCGAGACGGAAUUCGUUGAGUACUGGCACAGUGAGAAUUUGCAGUUACUCGAACAGUUUGUCACAUUCCUGCCUAAGAACUUGGUUCUUGUAAUUGAUAAUGUGCACUUCAUGGACUUUUUGUCAUGGCAAUUUGUUCGCCACACUCUACUGAAGACACCAUCAAUAAUGCUGGUCCUGAAUUUGUGCCGUAAUAGUUCACGGAUACAAGAAAUAAAACAGCACCAAUUUAUGAAAUUUUUUAAACUGACCAAACUGGAUGAGAAGUACUUUGUGCCCUUAGUUUGUGAGCUUCUUGAUGUUGAUGCAGUAGACUCCAAGCUGCCAAUUAUGUUGCAUAAUAUUAAGGGGGAGCCAGGAUUGUUGAAGAAAGUCCUGGAGGAGUUCCAUCUGUGGUUCACGUUUGACACGAUGAAGAGCAGCAUUGCGUAUCGCACGGCCGAAGUUCAUCCUCGACUGAAGGAGAAGGCCGACCCGGAAAAUGUUUUUUCCGUGUGUUCUCUAACUGAAGAGGUGUCAACUGUAGGUCAUCUGCCAUUACAUCAAGCCGUGAUGGUGGUGGUGAACAACCUGCAGCUGUACGGGCGGGCGCUGCUGAAGGUGGCGGCCGUGGUGGGGGAAGCGUUCCGCAGGGAGACUCUGCUCGCCGUGCUGCCGAACCAGGACUCCAAGCAGACCCUCGAAGCAAUCAAAGAGCUCUUUGAGCGCGGCAUACUGAUGUGCGGCAUCAAGAACAGACAUGGAAUGGGAGAUGGUUGGGAUCAGGACCUGGUCUGCUAUUGCAAGUUCGAUGAAACAUCUGCAACAACCGACCUCCCUCAGUAUGCAUAUUGUAGGUACCUGAGGUUUGCAACUACAGAAAUGUUUAACAGCAUAAAAAAACUUCUAUUGAAGAGCUGGAAAAAUAUGAUCCACAAACAACUAAUUCAGUACUUUGAAAAACAACUAGAAAACGAAACGUUCAAGAAGAAAUGUAUCUUCUGUAAGGAUCCGAGAUACAUUGAGGAGCAGUUGGAAGAUCAGGAGGAUGAAGAGCAUGAAUUGAAAGAAGACGAACACUUGACCAACUGCGGCAGCGAAAGGUACAGAGCGGAACUCUACCUGGAUUUGAUAUUGCAGUUUGCGGAACUGAAUGACUAUCACGAAGUGGCUUGUAAGUACAUGGCUGCCCAGUCAUUGAUGAAGAUGAAUUACAUCACCCAGGCUGAAAACCUGCUUAAUGCUGCAGAAGAUUUGUGCAUCGGAAAGGAGAGGAUCGUCCCAGAAGAACUAAGGAAGAACUUCUUAGCGAACAUCACUGCUUUAAUGGCUAAAGUUCGGGUUCGUCACUGGAGAAACGUCAUGAAGAAUAUUUAAAAAAAUUAAGUACAUAUAAUUUGUUAUUACAGUGCAAUAUCUUUAUGUUAUAGAAUGCAUUGAUAAUAAUGAUUAAUAAAUUUUUACAUUAAAGUUUACAAUAAUUAUAUUAUUGAAGAAAAAGUAGAAAGCCAGAUUUGUUUUAUAAUAAAUUUAUGGUUACAUAUGCAAAUAUUGGCUUAUAUAACUCAAUAAUAUUACGCAAAUAUUAAAAUGUUAAAGAUACAUGUUUUUUUAAUGUGAUGUUGUUUAUGUCACUGUUGCUGGAAGAAUGUGAAUGAGCUAAUUUUUAUAAUGAAUUCGCUAGUU